ACCCGAGAAGUCUAGCCGGCUGACGUCUACACGCACGUGGUGGGGUUGCAUGUGGGGAAACGGCGGGGCAACCACCGCGUAAAGCCUACAGAAUAUGGACGGGGGCCGACGACGGAUACUGAAGCCCAGACGUUCUAGACCGAUCAAUCGUGGCUCUUGGUGGACCUCAUGGCUCAAUGAAAUAUAACCCGAGCAGACUGCCUCUCCCCUCCCCUCUUCUUUUUCCUUCGCUUGUAAGUCCAACGCCCUCCUCUUCCUCCAUCUAAUCUCUGUCAUACUCCAACGCCCACCAUGGCAAGCACCACCCUCAAAAUCAACGGCAGAGAUGUCUCCCUCCCCACGGGCAUCUUCAUCAACGGCGAGUUCCGCAAGGCCAUUGGCGGCAAGACCUUCGCCACCGAGAACCCCUCUACCGGUGAGGAGAUUGUCAAGAUCCAAGAGGGGCAAGCAGAGGACGUCGACGAGGCGGUCCGCGUGGCUCGCAAAGUCUUCCGGUCGAAGGAAUGGGCUGCAUUCCCUGCCGCCGACCGGGCCAAGGCCCUGAACAAAUUGGCGGAUCUCAUGGAGGAGCACUUUGAGGAUCUGCUGGCGCUUGAGAUGAUUGAUACUGGUAAGACGAGGACGCAGGCGGCGAACCUCGAUCUGCCGGGCAGUAUUGGGACGAUUAGGUAUUUCGCUGGGUGGUGUGAUAAGAUUUAUGGCCAGAGCAAUUUUGGUGUGCCCGGCGUGUUUGGAUACACGAAGAGGGAGGCUGUGGGCGUGUGCGGGCAAAUCAUCCCUUGGAACUUCCCUCUGUUGAUGUUCUCCUGGAAGAUUGCCCCGGCCUUUACUUGCGGAAACACCGUGGUCAUCAAGAGUGCCGAAACGACUCCGCUCACCGCCCUGUACAUGUGUGAGCUUAUCAACAAGGCUGGCUUCCCCGCCGGCAGUGUGAACCUCGUCAGCGGCUACGGCAAGACUGUCGGCGCCGCGAUCGCGCACCAUAUGGACGUCGACAAGGUUGCCUUUACUGGCUCUACCGUCACCGGCCGUGCUAUCCUGAAGGCGUCUGCUGCCUCCAACUUGAAGAAGGUCACUUUGGAGUUGGGCGGCAAGAGCCCGAACAUUGUCUUCGCGGAUGCAGACCUUGACCAGGCGGUCGAAUGGAGUGUGUGGGGUAUUCACAUGAACUACGGCCAGACCUGCCACGCCGGCACGCGCAUCUACGUGCACGAAGACAUCUACGACAAGUUCCUCGAAGGCUACACCAAGGCCUUGAAAGCAAUCCGAGUUGGAGACAACUUUGGCGGCAAGACUGACCAAGGCCCGCACAAUAGCAAGGUGCAGUACGACAAGAUCAUGGGCUACAUCGAGCAGGGCAAGAAGGAGGGUGCGACGCUGCACCUGGGAGGCGACUCGGACGGAGGCAAGGGCUACUUCAUCAACCCCACCAUCUUCACCGACGUCAAGCCCGACAUGAAGAUCAUGAAGGAAGAAAUCUUCGGCCCCGUCGUGGCAAUCUCCAAAUUCAAAGACGAAGAAGAAGUCAUUGAGCUCGCCAACGACACCACCUACGGCCUUGCCGCCGGCAUCUUCACGCGCGACUACGAGCGUGCCAUUCGCGUCACGAGCGCGCUGAAGGCCGGCACCACGUGGGUGAAUCUGUUCAACUUCGUGCACUGGAGCAUGCCGUUUGGUGGGUACAAGGAGAGCGGUAUUGGUCGCGAGUGUGGCGAUGCGGCGCUGGAGAAUUACACGGAGAUCAAGACGGUGUAUAUGAAUAUGGGGGCGAGGGCGCCGCCUGUUGGUCCCUCCUAGAUGGCCUGAGGUUGGGUGUCGAGGCAGACAGAUGGUGUGUUCUUGGCUGAGAGACGUUUGGAUUCUGUAGAUACAGUGCAUCAUCAACACUCUGAAUUGACUUAAAAGAUGUCCUGCGCAUGGAGUGGGGGGUGUCAAAUGCAUCGUCCUGGGCUGUCUAUGCU